UGACAAAAACAGCAUCAAAGAGAGAAAUCACGCAGACUUGCACAGAAAUAAACACAAACGCAAAGGCUUUGCAUCUAAAAGAAAAGAGAUGGCAGGCGCCAUACAGCAUCCAACCAGUCAUCACCGUCCCAAUCUCCCAACGCUUACAGUCAACAACGCAGAGCCAAAGCAUAGAAUUAAGGCGAGUAACCACAGUGCUGUGGUGAAGCACGCUGCACAGGCAUACAGUCAUCUGGAAAGCAGCGUGUCUAAAUCCACAGCAGCACAUAUUCCUGCGCCGGCAGAUACUGUAAUAAGUGACGGACGAGCUGCAGACGGACAGGCAGGCAGAUGGGUAGAUAGGCACACAAACAAGAAUGCAAACACACGAAUUAAUUGCAACCAUACAAGUGCAAAGCCAGCUGAACAUCAGCAGGUUUUGGAAAAACACAGGCAGCACUCUGGGAAAUCUGACAAAGUCAGUAAGGAGCAGCUGUCUGUGAAAAAGCCCUCCAGGGAUCUGAAAAAACACCAUAAUCUCUCAGAGGAUCCCUCUGAAGCGAAGAAGAAUCCUGGGUCGUUGGACCGUAGAAAGGCUUUGUUCAAACCUGAGGCGGCCAUAAAGAGGGAUGACAGCGGCUGGUGUCUGAGCUUUACGGAGCAGGACUUCCCGGACAGUGACCACAGGAGGAUCAGGAUUAGUCCAGAUCUCCGGCCUCUUCCCUGGCUCAGCGAGGAUGACAUCCAGAAGAUGGUGCUCCUUGCUGGGGGCGAGGUGGUCAGCAAAGCCAGGGUCCCUGCACAUGGACAGGUGCUUCAAGUGGCGCUGGAUCGCCCUGCACAUGAGCAGCAGCCAUCACAGAAGAUGGAUUCAGCUUAUCGUGGACCUGGCCACAGACAUCCAGAAAUCCACAGUGAGCGCUGCCAGCAGGGGCGCUGCUCCCUGAUCAAACGCACCGAUGACUGGUUUGAAGUGUUUGCCUUCCACCUGGACAGGGUGCUGGGACUCAACAGAAGUCUCCCCACGGUGCUGAGGACUUUCCACAGUGAGAUUUUACCAUAUCGAUUCAUCCGCGGCACUCCCAGGCCUGUGGUGUGGUGGGAUCCAGAUAUUCAGCACCUCGCAGACAGAGACAAUGACCAGAACUCAGUACCGCUCAGAUGGGUCCAGUAUCAGAAGCUGCUGCAGGUCCACUGUGGGAGUGAAGCAGACCUGGAGUCAGCACCCUGUGUGGGAGUUCACCACUCAGAAUGGGGGAGACUGGCUCUUUUUGACUUCUUAUUACAGGUCAGUGACCGGCUGGACAGGUACUGCUGUGGCUUCACACCUGAUCCUACAGAACUGUGUGUGGAGAACCUGCUGCACACCAAGUGUGGCAACACCAAGGACCUGCUGCUGGUUCACAUCCUGGUGAGGAAGGCAGAUCCAUCCAGACUGGUGUUCAUAGACAACGCAGGCAGACCACAACAGUCCACUGACAACCUCAACUUCAGGCUGGUUGAGGGCAUUGAUGAGUUUCCAGAGAGAGCCGUGUCUGUGCUCCAGUCAGGCUGUCUGGAGAGUCUUCUUCUACGCUCCCUUUACACAGACAGAGAAUUCUGGGACAGCCAAGGCGGGGCCGGCGGUCUCAGGCCUCUCAUCCACAUGGUGGAGCACAGAGGGAAGAUUCUCCUCCAGCACAUCAGGGACAAGAAAUUACAGCUCAAGAGGGACCUGUGACAGACCAAACGGAAAGAGAAAUCAAACGUUCUGUUCAUCACGCUGAUUGUCCAGAUGACAUUUCUUUAGUGUAAUCAAAGAGAGAUCAUUCUGCAGCAAAAGAGGUUCUGAUUAAGCAGAAACCUAAAGAGAUCAAAGGGUUCAGCUAACAAUAGCUACAAGAAAUACGACAUCCACAGUGAUAUCCUCAGGGUCCAAGGACCGAUCUAUUCCAGAGUUUUAAAACCCAGUGGUGGAGAGAUCAGAAAUGCUCCUCCAUGCCCCUGAGCGGGUGGGCCAGGCUGUGCGUCAGCAACGGCUGGGGUACCAAAACUUAGCUGUUAUCACCACAAGCCAAGCACACAAAGCCUUCUACUAGCAGUAGUGCUGAAAAUCACGGACCACAACAUUUAGUACUGUUCCACAGUAUCUGUUUCCACUGGUGGAUGCUUGUUUGCUAUAAUUAGUUACUUCUUUUAGUGCUGUGUGUCAGGAUGCCGCCAGCCUUGUCCCUGUCAGCCUCAUAGAACGGUGAUGAUUAUCGGCAUGUGCAAAUAGUUUCAAAUGAAAUGGUUUGCAUAAAUAUUUGAA